UCGACGAUGGUGGCCUCUGUCGGCUGGCUGGGGGCCCCUCUCGUGUCCCGCGCGCUGCUCGCAGCCUCAGGCGAGUCCGGGGAAGUCCCGCGCAAGCUGCCGCUACCUGUCUGGCUCCCAGUGGACGUCCAGGCGUCGCCCACCUACGAGAUACUCUACGCCUUGGAAGCCUACACCACCACGCUCACUGGCCUCGUCACCCUCUGUAUAGAUGUCCUCUUCAUUAGACUCAUGCUCAUGGUCACCGCCGAGCUUGAAGUUCUGAACUACAAUGUUUCAACUAUGGCAAAGACACAUGAAAAAAUUUCAGACGGACUACAUAACGAAUCUCAUAAACAGAAUACGGAGACCCAGGACUUUUACAAGAGCGAUAGAGCACUUCAGAAGACUGAAACAGUCUACAAACAUGGCUCUGAUUUUCAGUUGUAUCAAGAAUUAGUGACCAACGUUCGCCAUCAUAUGAUCAUCCUGAGGACUAUCGACUUGUUGGAGGCAGCAAUGAGCAAAUCGAUUAUAAUUCUCCUCUUUAUUAAUAUGGGUGCUUUAUGUUCUAAUCUCCUCGUUGUCGGUGUGCUGUUGCAGGCUGGUGGAGGAGUUACACGCCCCCUGACUCUGACCGCCAUGAUACCCUUCCUGCUGUACCAGACUGGCAUGUUCUGCGUCUUUGGGCAGUUGGUAACCGACCAGAGCGAGAAACUGAUGAUCUCUGCAUUCAGCUGUGGAUGGAACGAGAGUGACUCCCGUUUUAGACGCAGUCUGCUGAUCUUCAUGGCGAUGGUGAAUCGACCUCUGGAGAUCACUGUGGGGAAAACCUGCAAACUCUCCAGAGAGAUGUUCCUACAGGUCCGUAAGGAUGUGUCCUUCUCCUAG